GCUCCAUCUCCAUCUCCCUUUCUCUCUCUAGUGUCUCCGUCGUCUCGCCACGGGGAUGAGGGAGGAGGAGGAGGAGGUGGAGGAGGGGGAAGCAGAGAUCGACUGCUUGCAUGUCGACGUGCUGGCACAUGUCUUCUUCAUGAUCCCGUCCUUCGCCGAUUUGGCGCGGUACGCAAGUGAGGUGUGCAGGAAAUGGAAGAGUGGGGUGAAGCUGUCGCUGAGGUGGAGGGAGAGGCUCAGUUUCGCGGGGCUGAAGAUGGACGAUGAUUCCACCGACCGUGUCAUUCGCCGCGCAUACGCCCUCCGUGAACUUGACAUGAACUCCCGUUGGGGCUACCAUAUUAUCGAUGAAGGGCUGUAUAGAAUUUCACUGACGAAAUGUGCGGCAAAGCUUACAUCCAUCUCUCUGUUGGGGAUGACAGGGGUCAUCGACCAAGGUGUUGUUAAGCUGAUUGCAAGAGCUACUGCUUUGCAACAUCUGAAUAUGGGUAGCACAUUCAUCACCGAUGAAUCAUUAUAUGCAAUUGCCAAUAGCUGUUCACAUCUGAAGCUUCGGUCAAGGAUGUCCAACUCCAUGCCUCAACGUCGGUCACCGACUGUACACAACGCUCCUGAUGCGGUCGAGCAGGAAUUCGACCAUCCCACAAUCAAUCUCAACCGUCUAGAUCUGAACGAUCCGAGGGAAGAUCAGGAUUUGGAUUCGUCUGACUCCAAUUGCGAGAGCGUCGUCUCCAUCGAUCAAUCUGGCUUAGCGUUGGUGCCGUUCAUCAGCAGUGGGUUGACCAAACUCAGCGAGGAAGACAAGGUCUACAGCUUUCUCAAGGAGAAAUUCAUUUGGCGGCUAGGUGCGCUUGAGGCGCAAGUUACCAUUGUGGCAAUCCACUGGAACUACUAUUCUAGCGUCUCUGCCAAAGCACGGGCACAAGUGUUUCAAGAUAGCUUGCAGGUAGUGCAGAAGAAAGGCAUCAGCAGCGAUGCCAACGAGAGCUACGCAUGA